UAGCCUUUAACCUUUUGAAGCAUAACCUCUAAAAUUGCGCGGCUUCGCCAUUUUUCCUGAACUCAACGCGCGAUCGUGCGAUUUUGACGUUUUCUCGUUUUUUGUCAUUGAAAUAGAGCGACUCUUCUGUUAUCUUAUCGGUCUCGUUUUCUGACUAACUGAAAUGGCAUCGGCUUUGGAAUCCAUGGUGGUCGACGAAAAACAGCUCCCUGAAAAACCAGUAGAUAGAGAAAAGACGUGUCCACUUUUAUUACGAGUAUUUUGUAAUACCGGACGUCAUCAUAAUAUAAUGGAGUACAGCAGAGGAAACGUCCCUUCGAACGAACUGCAAAUAUACACAUGGAUGGAUGCAACUUUGCGAGAAAUUACAGGCUUAGUUAAGGAAGUGAACCCGGACGCUCGCAGCAAAGGAACGUAUUUCGACUUUUCGUUAGUGACUCCUGAGCUACGUAAUUCUGGUUAUCGCAUGCGUGAAAUUGGUGUUACAUGUUCUGGGCAGAAAGGUGCAGAUGAUAAUAAAACGCUCGCACAAGCAAGGUUCACAAUAGGAGAUUAUUUGGAUAUAUCAAUAACACCACCAAACAGAAUGAUGCAACCUGCUAUUAGACGUGGUGGUUUACGCCAAUAUUAAUAUAAUAACUUCAGUGUUUAAUUAAUAAUAAGAAUGUCUCUUAUAGGUAAAAGAUACACAUAUAUCACUACAGAAUUCCAUAAAGACUUCCCAAACUUUUGUAUCUCUAAAUGAUUAAAAUAAAAAAAAUCAUUUUCUUUAAUUUCUACAAA